AGGUUAUUGUAAAUCCGAAAGAAGUAGCGGCAACGGGUCAAGAUUUUCAGAUAAUUGAUCCUACACAUACUGAUACUAAUACAACCCUCUUUGAUCAACCUAUGACAACUGAUCCAAAUGAAGCAUUGAUGGAUGAUCCAACAUACAGCGAUAUUGAUACAACCCUCUUUGAUCAACCUAUGACAACUGAUCCAAAUGAAGCAUUGAUGGAUGAUCCAACAUACAGCGAUAUUGAUACAACCCUCUUUGAUCAAAUAAUGACAACUGAUCCAAAUAAAGCAUUGACCGAUCAUCUAACACAUACUGAUACUAAUACAACCCACUUUGAUCAACAUAUGACAACUGAUCCAAAUAAAGCAUUAAUGGAUGAUCCAUCAGAUACUGAUACUGAUACAAGGCACUUAAAACAACCUACAGCUGGUCUUGAUAUAGCUUCAAGGAAAGAUCCCAACUUUUUACCGAGAGAAAAUUCCUGUAGUACUUAUGAAAAUGUAACAAGUUGUUCAAUUGAUGUCCCUGAGGAACGACUCAAACGAUCAUGUGAGGGGCGAUGUGGAAAAAUCUCCAAAACAGUUUAUUGUCAAUGUGACCCAGAGUGCCCUAAAUAUGGAGACUGUUGUAAGGACUAUAUCAAGAUGUGUGAUCCAAAUGGGUUAAACGAUCUCAGGAAAAGUAACAAAGAUAUCUAUGAAUGCUUAGGCUUAUCUGGAGAUAAGAGCAGAUCAGUCUAUGUUGUCAACAAAUGCCCCUACAGUCAAAGUGAUUCAGAACUGAGUGCUAAAUGUCAGUCACGUGAUGGGCUUCUUAAUCUGGUACCAGUUAAUGAUAUAAAAACGGGAGAGAACUUCAGGAACAAGUUCUGUGCAUUAUGUAAUAGUGUCAUUGCUUAUACAGCUUGGAAUGUCUCCAUUAGUUGUGAAUCGGACGAAAUUAAACCUGAAAACUUCCUUGAUGCUGAUGUUGAUAUAGUGCUUAAUUUACUCCAUAAUCCUGCCUGUACUAUUGAAUAUACUCCACCUGUAGGUGCCCGACCCUGUAUAGAGUUACGUUAUGAUUGCAAGCACUGUCAGGACACAGAAAUAUCACAAAAGUGUGCAAUGGCUGGACAAGAUCCUGUUGUAUACUUCUAUGGAUUUCAUUUCUUUGGAGUUACUUUCUACAAUAUGUAUUGCUUGCAGUGCACUCUUCCAGAUCCAAUCAAACCUGGAGCAGUUGGCUGCCAGGUAGGUUAUGGUGGAAGGCUUAUACGUUACAAAUAUUUUUGUUUAACAUUAUUGUUAGAUUUGCAACUCUCCAAUGGUUACGGACUGAAAGUUGAAUCAAAUGGAAUAUUUGGGCUAGACCAACUUGAGUUUCAAUGCAGUAGUAAUCAGCAUCAAUGCAAAGUGAGAGACUGUCCAGUUUUUCAUACUAACCUUGGCUCUAAAUGCUCAAUCCUAAACAGAAUUCUUGUCCAAGUGAAGCUGGUGUAUGAGAUAAGGCACAAUAACUCCAGAACUGAUUCCGAUAUCCUAAGUCAACAGUUCUUGAUUGAUGAUGUUAUAAAGGAUGUCAUUAAAACAUUCUUCAACCCUAUUGGCUACAUUAAAGAGGCAGAUACGCAAAGGGUUUCCCAGGAAUAUUAUUACAGCAGCCAUUUUACUUUUAACAUUACAGCUUCAAUUGAGAUCCCACUUGCUUCUUUAGAAAUGAGUUUUUCAAAGCAGUUGAAGGUCAGUAAUUCCCAACUGGAGAAAUAUUAUGAAAAGGUUGAUGUCAAAAUGACAUAUGAAAUUAUCAACCUUGCAGAUACACAAGGGAAAGGAGGAAAACUGACCACUAACAAACAUGGAAAUAUAGAAGCUGGAGAUGUCACAAAAGCUGUUGCAAGUCAUCAGUUUCAUGUCCAGACAUAUCUUUUGAACAUACUUGCCAUCUUUUUAUAUAACUGAGCAAUGGUUUCAUGCCAACCCUGAUGAGUAUAGGAGAACUUUGUUAAAAAUAUGACGUAUAUAUAUUAGUACCAG